UCAGUCCAUCGCUGCGUUCACAUAGAACGUACCUACCCAUUGGCGAGCACUGAGUAAGUUUUCAUAAUAAUGACUGUAAUGUUGAUGCGAAUGACGUACGUCGUCGGGCUGUGCGUAUUCGUCGCUGGCGGGGUGGAGGUGCAGACUAACGAGACCGAGGAGAACACUUCGGCGACGACAACUCUGGCAGCGGUGACGACUGUGACGACGGACGACGACAAAGGACACGACAAGAGAGGCGUCAUCGACACCGGUUAUGGUUUCGGUGCCACCAGUUACAGUAACGUAGUACACGGUGCACAUUUCCAGCACGGGCACGAACAGAGAGUAAUCGCCAAAACGAUCAUCCAGGAGGUGGCCCAACCGUACCCCGUCGAAGUCGAAAAACGAGUACCGUACCCGGUAAAGGUCGAGGUGCCUGUCGACCGCUCUUACCCGGUGCACGUGCCCAAACCAUAUCCGGUACACGUCAACAAGCCCGUACCGUAUGAGGUCAAAGUCAACGUACCGCAACCGUACACCGUCUACAAGCACGUCCCGUACGAAGUCAAGUACCCAGUUGACAAGCCGUAUACCGUGCACGUGCCCAAACCGUAUACUGUUUACGUGGAGAAGCGUGUCCCAUAUGAAGUCGUCAAGCACGUCCCUUAUCCAGUCAAGGUUUUCGUUGACAAGCCGUACACCGUGAAAGUUCCCGUGGAUAAACACAUCCCGUACACCGUCGAAAAACCCGUUCCCUAUCUAGUCAAAGUACCAGUUGACCGCCCAUACCAAGUGACUGUCGAAAAGCACGUGCCGUAUCCCGUUGACAAACCGGUGCCUUAUCCCGUUGAGAAACGAGUGCCGUACCCAGUCAAAGUUCCUGUCAAAGUUGAAGUCCCGGUACCUUACGAAGUAAAAGGCCACGAACAAAAAUUAUUUUGGCCAAAGCUACGUAAAGAAGAAGUAGAACAACAGCAACAACAGUACGAACCUGAAGAACAACUGCAACAACAGCAGUACGUACCCGAAGAACAAUCUCAACCACAACAUUAUAAACCAGAAAUACAGUCACAAGUACAACAAUWUGAGCCCGAAGAACAAUCUCAACUACAACAAUAUGAAUUAAAAGUACAAUCACAAGCACAACAAUAUGAACCCGAAGAACAAUCUCAACAACAACAAUAUGAAUCAAAAGUAGUGUCACAAGCACAACAAUAUGAACCCGAAGAACAAYCUCAACAACAACAAUAUGAAUCAAAAGUACAAUCACAAGCACAACAAUAUGAACCCGAAGAACAACCUCAACAAAAAUAUGAGCCAAAAGUACAGUCACAACCACAACAAUAUGAACCUGAAGAACAGUCGCAACCACAACAAUAUGAACCUGAAGAACAGUCGCAACCACAACAGCAGUACGUGUACCAACUGAAACCACAUAAACAACAACAAUAUAAAUACGAAGAACAACUACAAAAACAAGAUAAUAGUGAUGAGCAAUCACAACAAUCUGACGAACACUCAGAACAAUCACAACAACAARAGGAAGAAGGCGAACAAGAGAAUAGUAAUUAUCAAUAACUCUUUUAAUUCUUUUUUUCUGCCUAGUCAUAAAUCAUUACCAUAUUAUAUUAUUUUAGUUAGGUUAGAUUUUGUGUUACUGCUAUCGAAAUCAAAUGUUAUAUCUACCUUGAUUGUAAACGAAUAUUAUGUAAAUAGAUUUAAUGAAUAAUCAA